CGUUAUAAUGGAAUGGAUUUGAAUAUGGCCAAAUGGGCAGGCAUGCAAGCUUUUCUCCUCAGUCUGGCUCUUCAGUUGUUCUUCCUAAUUUUCAAGCCAUCAGCCUGCUAUGAUCAAAAUACCUAUCAAGCCCCUCAGGAUGGAUCAAAUUUCAGCUUUACCCAUUCGGUUUACCAUGCAACAGUUUAUGAAAACUCAGCAGCACGCACCUAUGCCAACAGUAAAGUUAAAAUGGGGAUUCACCUUUACAAGAGAUCCUGGGAAAUCCGCUACAGAAUCACCUCAGGAGAUGAUGAAGGGCUUUUCAAGGCAGAGGAUUAUGUGCUGGGGGACUUUUGUUUCAUGCGCAUAAGGACCAAGGGGGGCAAUGCGGCAAUUUUGAACAGAGAGAUUCAAGAUAACUACGUAUUAACUGUGAAAGCUUCUGUCAAGGGAGAGGCCCUAAUUGAGACCUGGACUAAAGUCAGUAUCCAGGUCUUGGAUAUGAAUGAUCUUCGUCCUUUGUUCUCACCUACUACAUACUCUGUUACUAUAGCAGAGAGCACCCCUCUCAGGACUAGCAUAGCACAAGUUACUGCCACAGAUGCAGAUAUUGGCUCCAAUGGAGAGUUUUACUUUUUUUUCAAGGAGAAAAUGGAAUUAUUUGCCGUACACCCAACCAGUGGAGUGGUCUAUCUCAGCGGAAAGCUUAAUGUUGAUGAGCAGGACAGGUAUGACUUGGAAAUUCUGGCAGUCGAUCGUGGCAUGAAGUUGUAUGGGAAUAAUGGGGUUAGCAGCACAGCUAAACUUUUUGUUCACAUAGAGCGUGUGAAUGAACAUGCCCCAGUCAUGAAUGUGGUAACUCUCAGACCCUCCAGGCUGGAUAAAAACCUUGAGUAUGCAAUGCUUACUGUUGAAGACCAGGAUGAAGGCUUGAACGGAGAAAUUGACUCCGUCGUCAUUGUGGGCGGGGACCCUUCAGGACUGUUUUUUGUAGAAAAAUAUGAAGAAGGCGAGUUUGCCAUUAAAGCCACGGAGACAAUAAACUGGGAGACCUUCCCUUAUGGCUGUAACCUUACCUUGCAAGCUAAAGACAGAGGAACCCCACACAAGUUUUCAUCUGUCAAGGUUGUCCACAUUAUGUUCCCAAAACAACAAAGAACAGAAUCAAUUUUUGAGCAGGAGUUGUACGAUGUUAGUCUAAAUGAAAUUUCACCACCAGGAACAAUUGUGGGAGAAUUUAAAAUCAAACCUGAGCCUGAUGAUGCAGAAUAUAUCCUGAUACCUUCUGCAGAUUCUAACUUUUUUGAGAUCAAUACACUAACAGGUGUAAUCUCUACCACUCACUGGUUUACCCAGAUAUCCCAGGAUAUUUUUAUUCUUGAGAUACUGGAAAUUGAAAAUAAUCUCAGAACGAAAGUACAGCUAACGAUAGAAGAUGCCAAUGAUAACACACCGACCUUUUCACAGUCUUUUUAUGAGGUUUUUGUGAAUGAAAGUAUACCAACUGGAACAAAUGUUCUAACAGUUUCUGCUGUAGAUGAAGAUAAAGGUGAAAAUGGAUACAUAACUUACAGCAUUUACAGUCUUCAGUCAUUACCUUUCAAAAUCAACCAGUUUUCUGGUGUUAUAAGCACCACUACAGAUUUGGAUUUUGAAUCUUCACCAGAGAUCUUUGCAUUUAAAGUCAGAGCUUCUGACUGGGGGUCACCUUACAGGAGAGAAAGUGAAGUCAAUGUUACAAUUCACUUAGAAAAUGUAAAUGAUAACCAGCCAAUAUUUGAAAAGGUAGCAUGCAAGGGGAUGCUUUCUGCAGAUUUCCCAAUAGAAGAAGUAAUUACCACAAUGUCUGCAAUUGAUAUAGAUGAGCUAGAACUUGUAAAAUAUAAAAUAAUUUCAGGGAAUGAGCAGGGGUUCUUUGAACUCAACCCUGAUUCAGGAGUCCUUGCACUGCAACGUUCCCUUACCACACUGAGUCCAAAGAAUAGUAUCUUUAACUUAAAAAUAACUGCUACAGAUGGUGAAAACUUUUCUGAUCCUAUGUUCAUCAACAUCUCAGUUGUUUACGGGAAAUCUCUCCCCAAGCAUUUGACAUGUAAAGAAACAAGAGUGGCCCAAAAAUUGGCUGAAAAACUACUAAAGAAGUCCAAAGUUAGCAUCCAGCCUAAAAUUGAGGAAGGUUUUAUUGACCUUUUCUCUGUCAAUCGGCAAAUUCCCCAGUUUGAUAAAACAUUUCCAUCUGAAAUAGCUGUUCAAGAAGACCUGAAGGUUGGCUCAAGUGUUUUCAAAGUAAAUGCAUAUGAUGGAGACACCGGCUUCAAUGGGCAGAUUGUAUACUCAAUUGCAGAUGGAAACACUGACAGCUGUUUUACCAUUGACAUGCAGACUGGCCUAAUUAGUGUGUUUCUACCAAUGGACAGAGAACAGAGAGAUCACUAUCUCCUGAACCUAACUAUCUACGACCUUGGCCUCCCACAGAAAAUGGCUUGGCGUUUGCUUACUGUCCACAUAGAGGAUGCUAACGAUAAUGCACCCCAGUUUUUUCAAGAAGGACCCUAUAGUAUAGUCAUACCUGAGAACACUGCUAUAGGCACAUAUGUCAUUCAGGUUGAGGCUACUGAUAAAGAUCUUGGACCCAAUGGGGAGAUUGUAUACUCUCUUUUGACAAGUACCUCCCAGUUUGGCAUUAACUCUUCUAAUGGGAUAGUGUAUGUUGCUGGCCAUCUUGAUCGGGAAUUAGUUCCUACAUUUAACCUGAAGAUUGAGGCUCGAGACUCGGCAAGCAAAGGGAGACACAAAUUUUCUGUGACCACACUGAAAAUCAUAUUGGAGGAUGUAAACGACUGCCCCCCACUGUUUAUUCCCAGUGUUUACAAAGCCAGGGCUCUGGAGGAUCUUCCAAUAGGAACUGUUGUGGCAUGGCUGGAAACCCAGGACCCAGAUCUGGGCUUGGGAGGCCAAGUUCGAUUUUCUCUAGUGAAUGACCACAGUGGUUGGUUUGAGUUGGACAGAAACAGUGGAGCUAUUCGACUCACGAAAGAGUUGGAUUAUGAGACCCAGCAGUUCUACAAUCUCACAGUGAAGGCCAAAGACAAGGGAAGACCAGUGUCUCUGCUGUCCGUCACGUUUGUGGAGUUGGAAGUAAUAGAUGUAAAUGAAAAUCUCUAUGCUCCAUACUUUUCCUACUUCGCUUUGACAGGAUUAGUUAAAGAGAAUGCCCCAGUAGGAACCACUUUAUUCCAAGUUAAUGCUAAUGAUGAUGAUGCUGGUCGAGAUGGAGAAAUCGUUUACUCCAUUCGUGAUGGGACUGGGCUUGGACGGUUUUUCAUUGAUGAAGACACAGGUAUGAUCUACACUACGGACACAUUGGACCGGGAGACCAAGGACUCCUAUUGGCUCACAGUGUACGCCAGCGACCGUGGCGUUGUUCCCCAGUUCACCACCAUUGAGGUGUUCAUUGAAGUGGAGGACAUUAACGACAACGCCCCUCUAACCUCUGAGCCUUUGUACCGGUGCUCGGUACCUGAGAAUUCUCCCCGCGACGUUUCUGUAGUCCAAAUCCAGGCUCAAGAUCCAGAUGUGUCGCCCACCAACACUGACUGGCUCAGCUUUCGCAUCAUCAGUGGAAACCCCCAGAAUUUCUUCACCAUCAACCCCCGCACUGGCUUAAUCACCACAACUUCACGGAAGCUGGACCGAGAACAACAAACAGAGCAUGCUUUAGAGGUGCUAGUUUCAGAUGGUGGUCCCAGUCCCAGGAAGACCACAGUGUGGGUAAUGGUUCUCGUCCUGGAUGAAAAUGACAACAGACCCACGUUUCAUGAAAAGGUCUACCAAGUCAAACUUCCAGAGAGGGAGCGCAGGAAGAAGGCGGAGUCCAUCUAUCGUGUAUUUGCCUACGACCUUGACGAUGGUCCCAACAGUGACCUCUCCUAUGGCAUUGUGGAUGGAAACGAGGACGGCAAAUUCUUCAUUGACCCAAAGUCAGGAGUUGUAUCAUCACGAAAGGCCUUCGUGGCAGGCAGCUACGACAUCCUGACAAUCAAAGCAUCAGACAACGGACGCCCUCAGAAGUCCUCAACAGCUCGCCUGCACAUUGAGUGGAUUCGCCGAUCACCUCCGUUGACUCUGCCCUUGCGUUUCGAUGAGCCGUUCUAUAACUUUACCAUCAUGGAGAACGAUAAGAUGGCUGAGGUUGUGGGUGUGGUUUCUCUGCAACAGAACACGGUCCCUGUGUGGUUCGAUAUCACAGGUCCCAGGUCUUUCCGUGAGAUGUUCUAUCGCUCCUUCUACAACCUGACAGUUGUGGCCACAGAUGGCUCUAACACUGCGUAUACACAGAUUCACAUUACUGUUUUGGACAACAAUGACAACGACCCCAUCUUUUCCCAACCAAUCUAUGAGGUCACUGUUUCAGAAGAUAUAUCGCCCAACACAGAGGUGGUCCAGGUUGUGGCCUCAGACCGAGAUGAGCAUCACCAGCUUACCUAUGCUCUUUACAGCUCCAUAGACCCCAACAGCAUGCGUCUCUUUCGGAUUCACCCCUCUCUGGGCACCAUCUACACCUCUCAGAGACUGGACCAUGAGGCCUGCACCCAACACAUUCUCACAGUCAUCGUGAAAGACCAAGAGUUUCCACACCGGAAGAACCUGGCUCGUGUACUAAUAGAAGUGGAAGACAUAAAUGAUCAUGUACCGUUUUUUACCAGCGCCCUGUAUGAAGGCUCAGUCUAUGAGUCGGCUGCAGUCGGAUCUGCUGUAGUCCAGGUGACUGCCAUAGACAAAGACAAAGGCAGGAAUGCAGAGCUGCAUUACUCCAUUGAAGCAGGGAACACUGGAAAUUCAUUCACCAUUGAGCCAGUUUUAGGGAUCAUUCGAAUUGCACGUCAUCUGGACUUGUCCAGCAUAGGCCACUAUGUUAUUACUGUCCGAGUCACUGACAGUGGCAGCCCUUCAUUGUCCACGACAACAAUAGUGCGUGUUGCCGUCACUCUGUCUGACAAUGCUGGCCCAAAGUUUCCUCAACCUGAGUACCACACAGAGAUAAAAGAGAAUGUAAUGAUUGGGACCUCUGUCACUACAGUCAGUGCUAUCAGCCUGUCUACCCUCACUUACGAGAUCAAGCAGGGCAAUACAGACCAAGUUUUCCAAAUAAAUCAAUAUAGUGGAGUCAUUACUACUCAAAGGCCUCUAGACUACGAGACCAUAGCCUCGUACACCCUCACGAUCCAGGCUGCUAACAUGGCUGGUAUGGCCUCCAAUGCUACCUUGCUAAUCCAGAUAGUGGAUGAGAAUGACAAUCCACCUAUGUUUCAGCAGGAUCACUAUCAUGGCACCAUUAGUGAGGUAGCACCAGUCAACAGUGUGGUCCUAAACUUGGAUAACCUGCCUCUAGUAAUUAGGGCAACUGAUGCUGACUCCAACCAAAAUUCCCUGCUGGUCUACCAGAUUGUUGAAGCCACUGCCAAAAUGUUUUUCACUGUUGACUCGGGAACUGGCUCCAUUAGAACCAUUGCUAAUCUAGAUCACGAGACAUUUUCCACAUUCCACUUCCAUGUUCACGUCAGGGACAAUGGAAGACCUCAGUUAACAGCAGACAGUCCAACUGAGGUCACAAUACAAGUGACUGACGCAAAUGACUCACCCCCCUACUUCACCCAGAAUUCCUAUGAAGCAGUGUUGCUUUUGCCCACUUACAUUGGAGUAGAAGUUUUGCACCUGUCUGCUGUAGACCUUGACAGUGAUGUUCCUACAGAGCUCACAUACUCUCUGACUGACGGAGGAUCAGAGAACUUUGCAGUAAAACCCUCCAGUGGAAUUAUUGUCGUAAAAAACAGCAGCUUCUCCAAAGAGCUUUUUCGCUUUAGUGUCAGAGUUUCAGAUGGAAAAUUCUCCAGCGCUGCUUUGGUGACAGUACUUGUUAAAGAAUCUCUGGACUCUGGUCUCAGUUUUACUCAAAGCAUUUACUUUUCUUCUAUUAAAGAAAAUGAAUCCAAUAUUACCACAGUGACUGUGGUCAGUGUUGUGGGAAACCGCCUCAAUGAACCAGUGAAGUAUACUCUGCUGAAUGCUGGUACACAUUUUACAAUUCGCCCAACAUUUGGUGUUAUCCAAACCACAGGAAUACCUUUUGAUCGUGAAGAACAAGAGUUUUAUGAACUGAUUGUUGAGGCAAGAAGGGAGCACGACCGUCUACAUGUGGCCAGAGUUAUGGUUAAAGUUCAAGUUGAGGACAUAAAUGAUAAUGCCCCUGUGUUUGUUGGACUUCCAUAUUAUGCGGCUGUUCAAGUAGAAGCUGAACCAGGAUCACCCAUUUUCAGCGUCACUUCAGUGGAUGGUGACAAAGGCGUCAAUGGAGAAGUGUCUUACUAUCUUAAGGACGACCAUGGUCAUUUUGAAAUCAAUCAACAGACUGGUACUAUCAGCCUUAAAAGAUCUUUUGAGUCUGAUUUAUCCAAUGCGGAUUACCAAAUAAUGAUAUAUGCCAGAGAUGGUGGUUACCAUCCCCUCUCUUCUACUGUUGAGUUUCCCAUCACUGUAGUCAACAAAGCCAUGCCCGUCUUUGACAAAUCCUUUUAUUUAGUUUCUGUAAACGAGGAUGUGGAUGUGCACACACCCAUUCUUAGCAUUAAUGCUACUAGUCCAGAAGGCCAAAACAUAAUCUACACUAUCGUUGAUGGGGAUCCAUUUCUUCAGUUUGAUAUUGGGUUUGAUACUGGAGUCAUAAGUGUAAUUCACUCUUUGGAUUAUGAAACAAUGUCAUCUUACCACCUGACCAUCAGAGCCACAGACUUUCUGACCGGUGCCCAUGCUGAAGUUAGUGUUGAUGUUUUUGUUCAAGACAUAAAUGAUAACCCACCUGUUUUCAAGAAGAUGUCCUACAGGGUGGUCCUAUCUGAAACAGCCAUGAUUGGAACUCCAGCACUUCAAGUCACUGCCACAGACAAAGACUCUGAGAAGAACAAUGUAGUUCGCUACCAGAUAUUCUCUGAUGUGCACAACAGCACAGACUAUUUUCACAUUGAUAGCAGCAGUGGAUUGAUUUUGACGGCACGUAUGUUGGACCAUGAAGUAGUCCAGGAGUACAAUUUUGUUGUCAGGGCCAUUGAUAAUGGUUUCCCAUCACUGAGUAGUGAAGUAUCAGUGACUGUUGUGUUAAAUGACAUGAAUGACAACCCUCCGGUUUUUAACCAACUGCUCUAUGAGGCAUAUGUGAGUGAGUUGGCACCAAAAGGUCACUUUGUAACCUGUGUCCAGGCCUCUGAUGCUGACAAGUCUGAUUUUGACAAGCUGGAGUACAGCAUCUUAUCAGGAAAUGAAAGAAUGGAUUUUCUGAUGGAAAGAAGUACGGGAAUCAUCAUGCUGUCCAGCCACCGUAAGCAACGGAUGGAGUUUGCCUAUAACCUAAACGUUUCAGUAUCUGAUGGAGUGUUCACCAGUACUGCGCAGGUUCAUGUUAAAGUGCUGGGAGCCAACAUGCACAGUCCUGUGUUUGAGCAGAAUACAUACGAGGCAGAGCUAAGGGAAAAUGCUCCUGCAGGAACCAAAGUGAUCCAGGUGAAAGCAACAGAUGCAGACCCUGGAGUGUUUGGUCACAUCACUUAUUCCUUUGUUAACGAUGUGGGCAAUGACCAGUUCACCAUUGAUGCCAAGGGUCAGAUCAGCACAGCAGAAAAGCUGGACCGUGAGGAUCCAUCCAUUAAAGACAUUGGUCUUACAGUGGCAGCUCAGGACUCAGGUGGACGUGUCUCUUAUUGCACAGUACAGCUUACUGUCUUGGACGAUAACGACAAUGCACCGCGCUUUAGUGCCACGGAGUACCGAGCCUCACUCAAAUAUGAUGUGACUCAAGGGUUUUUGAUCACACAGAUUCAGGCUCAGGAUCCUGACUAUGGAACCAAUGCCAAAGUAACAUUUUCCCUUUACAGUGAGGCACAUGUCCCCGUGGCAGACAUUUUGGAAAUAGACCCAGACAGUGGUUGGAUGGUGACUAAAGGCAGCUUCAGCCACUUGAGAAACUCUGUAUUGUCUUUUUUUGUAAAGGCUGUUGAUGGAGGAAAUCCAGUUCGACACUCUCUGGUGCCUGUUUACAUUCAUGUUCUUUCUCCUGAUGCCUUCAUUCCUUUCUUUAGUCAGCAUUAUUACAUAUUUAGCAUACCAGAGAACACACCUAUAGGUUCAGUCAUAGGAACAGUUCAUCUCAACAUUCCUCCUGAAUAUACCUCGAUCCCUGUUACCUUUGUCGCUGUUAAUGGAGAAACUGGUGAAAACAACCAAGAUGGUGUUUUUGUUGUGGAAAAGGAUACAGGAGUGAUCAAGAUCGAUAAACCCUUGGACCAUGAGGUGAUCAAAGGAUUUCAUUUUAAAAUCAUUGCCACUGCACAGCAGACAAAGCUGGAUUCUGUGUCUUCUGUUGAUGUUGAAGUCAAAGUUUUGGAUCUAAAUGACAAUAAACCAGCUUUUGAGGCAAACUCCUACAUUACUACUGUUAUGGAGGGAAUGACGGUUGGAACCAAAAUCAUUCAAGUCAAAGCUCAAGACCCAGACUCAGGAGCCAAUGGCCAAGUCACGUACAGUCUUGGCACAUCAGUCCAAUCAGAGGAGAGUUCAGAAGCGUUGGCUCGUACCUUUAGCAUCGAUAGUAAUACUGGCUGGAUCUUAACACGCAAGGAACUUGACCAUGAGACCAAUCCCACCUACACAUUCACAGUCGUGGCUUCAGAUCUUGGAGAGACCCUGUCACUUUCAAGCACUACUACUGUGACAGUGGCUGUGUCAGACAUCAACGACAACCCCCCAGUUUUCAUGGAGAGCCACUACAUUAGUUCACUCCAGGAAAGCAGUCCCCCCGGUGAAGUGGUGGCUAUGCUCAACACCAGGGAUGAUGACAGCUCUGCUGUAAACCGGCAUGUCAGUUACCUCAUCACUGGCGGGAAUCAUCGUGGCGUGUUUGCGCUCGGUUUGGUUCAAGGAGAAUGGAAGAUGUACGUGAAGGGCCCAUUGGACCGGGAAGAGUGCAACCUCUACAUCAUCAACGUCACAGCGAGUGAUGGACUUUUUGUUUCCCAGACAACUGUGGAGGUUGCAGUGAUGGACAUCAACGACAACGACCCUGUCUGUGACCAGGCGGUCUACACUGCCAGCGUUCCAGAGAACCUACCGGUCAACAGUGUGCUGCUGAGAGUCGGAGCCACCGAUGCAGAUGUAGGGAACAGUGCUCGGAUCUACUACUCUCUACACGGUUCUGGAUCCCAGGACUUUAGCAUAGACCCAGACACUGGUGAGAUCAAGUCAUCAGUAACGCUGGACCAUGAGAUGACACCUAAUUAUAAGUUAAUAACUCAAGCAGCUGAUGGUGGAGGACGUUGGUGCAGUGCUGAGGUUCAUCUGACGGUGACUGAUGUGAAUGACAACCCCCCUAGCUUCACCAUGUCACAGUACACCACCAGUGUGUAUGAAGACACAUCCAUCAAGGCCCUACUCACUCGGAUACAGGCUAUAGAUCCAGAUGAAGCAGGUCCAGGUCGCACCGUCGUCUAUUCCCUGGCUGAUUCUGCAGGAGGGUUGUUCUCCAUCGAUGAGGUCUCAGGCAUCGUGGUCCUGGAACACACUCUUGAUCGUGAAGUCCAGCCAUCUCAUCAGAUCACAGUUUGUGCAUCUGAUCAGGGAACACCACGGCCUCUCUUCUCUCUAGUGAACGUCACCAUCACUGUGCUGGAUAUCAAUGACAACCCGCCCGUGUUUGAGCGCCGUGAUCAGAUGGCAACGGUGCCAGAGGAUGUGCGAGCGGGCACUGAGGUUCUGAGAGUUUAUGCUGCCAGCAAAGACAUCGGGACCAAUGCAGAGAUCACUUACAGCAUCCGAUCAGGCAACGAGCACAGAAAGUUCCACAUCCACCCUCUGACCGACCAGCAGGUCCAGUUGCUGCGUCCCACCAACGGGCUGAAGACUGAGCAGGCGCAGUGCGUCAUGUUGCUGGGACAUGGCCGCCUGCUGCAUCACCUUCAGGACACUCUUCAGGUACAAAGACACAAAAUCUUGUGGGGCUACGCUCUCAAAGCGCACCGUCACUGCAUCCCGAAGCAUUUCAAGCGUUGCUUGCUCCACACGCACGUGUACAGGCACAGGCACGACGAAGCGGCCAUCGCUAACACUGGCGUUGAGAAAGUAUUCCCCAGCAUCCAGCCCCCCAAGAGCAAUGAUCUUUCCAUCGUGGGGGCUGAUCUUAAACAGACUGCGAUGGGCCGGAGGGGCGUGUCCAAACGUCAGCGCAUCGUACGGGUCAGCAUCAGUGGCAUGCAGCUGACCAAUCACACCGCCAGGAAACUCGUCCUCCAUGGUGACGAUGUGAAUGUCCAGGGGCGAGGCCACGGGUCGGUGAAGGCUCUCCUCGAUCACUCGAACGCAGUGAGGUCGGAGGGGGAAAAGGUGGGGGCGUUGUCGUUGAUAUCAGAGAUUUCGAUGUUGACCAUGGUGGUGGAGGACAUUGGUGGACUUCCAGAAUCCAGCGCUCUGACAGUGCAGCCGCCGAACUCUCGCAGCCUGGUGGCCUCCCAGAAGGACCCGCGAGUCGGUGAGGGAUUCCAGGGCUGCCUGGACUCGGUCAUGCUGAACAACAGAGAGCUUCCUCUGCAGAACAAACGCUCGCAGUACGCAGAGGUGGUGGAACUGACAGAGCUCAAGCUCGGCUGCAUUCUCUACCCUGACCCAUGCCAGCAUCAACCGUGCCACAACGGGGCCACGUGCACCAGCCUGCCCUCUGGUGGGUUCAGAUGCAGCUGCAGUCCACAGUUCACUGGGGGCAGCUGUGACGUGGAGGUGACCGUGUGUGUUCCUAACCCCUGUCAGAACGGUGGAGUGUGUCGACCCGUUGGCAGCGCCUUCCUCUGCAGCUGCAGGAGAGGCUUCAAGGGUCUCAUUUGUGAAGAAGAUGUCAAUGAAUGUGACCGAAGCAACCCUGAGGGUCAGUGCGAGAACGGAGGAAGUUGUGUCAACACUCCUGGCUCUUUCUACUGUAACUGCACCCCAGGCUUUGUGGGCCAGCGCUGCAGCCUGCGGGCUGUUGUUGUUCCUGACAUGCAGGCUGGUCAUGCUGUGGUUGGAAAAGAGGAGCUGAUUGGCAUCACCGGGGUCUUUUUUGUCAUCAUCGUCUUGAUAAUCCUUUUCAUAGCACUCCGUAAGAAAGCUUUUCAGAAGAACUACUCACGGAGCAACCUGUCUCUGGUCCAGGACCCGGCCACUGCAGCUCUCCUCAACAAGGCUAGCUGUGUUCAGUUUAAGACUCUGCACUGUGCACCAGGAGACCCUCUCAGCUUGUACUCAGAGACGGGUUUAGACCCUACCAUGGUGGGAGGGGUUGGGGUGAUGGGACCUCCACAAGUUCCUGUGAGACCUAUGGCAUACACACCUUGUUUCCAAGCAGAACCACUGUCCAAACUAGAGAAGAUGUCAGAUGGUCAUGUAGAGCACACAGAAAUGAGCACUUUUCACCCUGAUUCACCAAGAAUCCUCUGUGGAUCCACGAGGAGAGGGGUGGUGGUGUGCAGCGUGGCCCCCAACCUACCGCCAGUGUCGCCUUGUCGCUCAGACUGUGACUCCAUUCACAAGAGUCCUUUAGCAGGGGAUGAAGCUAAAACGAUUGACAUGGCAGAAGAAGAAACGUGUUUCUCGGGCAGCAACAAAGGCUCAGAGGUCCAGUCACUGAGUUCCUUCCAGUCUGACUCCUGUGACGACAACGCCUCCAUUGUGACUGUCAUUCGACUGGUUAACGAUGCAGUCGACACAAUCGAGAGUGAAGUGUCGAUUAUGGACCGAGGUGAAACCUACAACAAAGCUUAUCACUGGGACACCUCCGACUGGAUGCCAAGCACAAGACUGUCCGACCCUGAAGAGGAGCCGAACUACGAGGCAGCUCCCGACGCUGACCAGGGCGGCUCGGCCCCUUGUCCUGGAGCAGCCUCCAAUGAACUAGAAUCAGACUACUACCUCGGAGGCUAUGAUGUGGACAGUGACUAUCCUCCUCCCCAUGAAGAAGAAUUUCCACCUCCCCUGCCCACGGGCGAAGACUAUCCUGAACCUUAUACGCCACUUCUCACCAGUCUGCCGGUGUCCAAGGAGACUGUUGUGAACUCCAGUAGCACAAGGCACCAGCACGCCCGGCCACACUUCCACCCCAGCCAGUACCUCCCCUCCCAUCAGAUACCCACUGGGGAGGUGCCCCAUGGGGACUUCAGCACCUCGGUGGGUCAGGUAGAACAUGGUGAUCUGACUCACUCUGUCUCACUAAAUAUGCACCUCAGAACGUCGUCUGCCUCGGACACGUCGGCCCCUUGUGGACUGGACUCUGAACACGGCAGCAGUUUGGAAAGUAUAAACGGUGUUCGUCGAGGCGUGACCAUCAUCACCGACUCACAGCAGCAAACUGAAGUCUGAAGUCUGUUCUAGGCCACGAGGAGCCUGUUGGUGCACCAGCCCUCCACCACACUCCAUUUUAAAACCACCAACAUAUAACACUGCACACAGAAUGUCCUCCCAUUUAUAGGUGGUCUAAAACUCCUUCACAGUUUUUCUGGAGAUGCUGAACGAUGGAUCCGAUCUCUUGGAGUGGGCUUCUGUGGAAAGUAGGGCUCUAACAAGAGCUUUGGUUCCAAAGCAUCACACGUUUUCUUGUCAGUUUGAAAGCUAGCCUCGCAGAGCUUCUUGCAGUCAGCAUGAUUCUGUCUGGUGAGAUCAGCAGUUCAAGUUUUCGUCCCUGUCGACUGAGUGGCAACAGUUCAAACAGAGUCAGGACCAGCACGUCAUGUCCCUUACUUUGUGUUGACAGCAGUCCCCCAUAGCAUCCAGUACACAGUCCCAGUGGCUGCAGGGGUUCAAACAGGACAGACCUGGUGCCACACGUUUGUUCUGACUGAUGAGAUGUUUUGAAAAAUAAUUCAACUGAUAUUUUUGUUUAAAUGAUCUGAUAUUGGAUUUGGAAAACCUGACAAACAUAUUCAUUCCUUAAAAAAAGACUGAGGUUGCAACAGGUUUUCAUUCCCCUGGGUUCAAAGGUCACAUUAACGAGAAGGAAGGGGGUCCGGUGCAGCUCAUGAAAACAGGACAGAAGCAGGAGCUUUGGUUUGUGGAAGAACUUCAAGGCGUGCUUAAGAAAAUGAAAUGUCAGUAACAGUUGAACAAUCUCACCCUGAAGAAAUAUAAAGUUUAAAUCUCUAACUCUGGCCAGACUGCUUGAUCUCACUCUGACUAGCCUUUAGCUCAUCAGUCCAGUCACAAUUCAACUUUAUUCCUCCAAACUGAAAUCAUUCAAGAGAUACUGUAUCUACAACAGGUAAGAUACUGAUUCAUAAACUUUCUACAGAACCCCACCUUAAAAGAUCUGAACUGUCACUUUACGAGUGUUGAAAGGUUGUUUCUGAACGUGACCGUGGUGGAGACUUGUAUGAAGAAAGAGAAGCUCAUCUGUUGCUGCUGUGCAGACCAGUCGAAAAUACUUGUCCUGUUCUAACCACAAACAGAACCAAAAAAAAAAAAAAGACUCAAAAAAAGAUUUUCUGUCUAGAAAUGUAAUAAAAAACUGGAAUGGGAAAAUGUUUUUCUUUUAGAAGCCCAGCUGAUUUUACAGCGAGGGUGAAUGUAGACAGUCA